AUGCAGCACGCUGGCGGCAACACGGCACGGCACACCCAACAACAAACAUCUGGAAAGACGGCCCUGCUCGCGACACGGCCCAGGAAGAAGCCGCCGAGCGACCGCAAGGCGAGGAGACAGAGAAGCGAGGAAAGAGAGAAGCGAAGGCGAGCAGACGAGGAGGAGAGGAGCGCACAGGGAGGGGGGCGAGGAGGGGAGGGAGCAGCGAGGAGCGAGGAGCAGGGAGGCCCUGCGGAGCAAUUGUUGCACCCGAUCGCCCCCGGAGCAGGUGCUCCUGGGGGCGGCCUCGACGCGUGCGGCCGCAACGUGGUCUCCUCUUCGAGCCCUGCGGGGUCGUUGCUGAGGCUCUCUUUGGCAUCCCGUCGUGAGCUCACCCAGGUCCCUCGCGCGGGACACUGUAUCUUGCGAGCCGCUCGGGGCGUGCCCUGGAGCGCAGGGGGCCAGGAGCUACGGCACUCUGCGCUCCAUAUCGGGCACUUGCCUCGGCCAGAACUGUAG